UUGGUGUCGCUGGGCACUUAAUGGUACUGCCGCUAGUACGUCAAAUAUCCAAUAUAUAAUAUUGCGACUGACAUUACUUUGUCUGACCAUCUUGGGGCAAAUUAACGACACAUCGUUGGCGUAUAUGGUUUGUUAAGUUUGAUUGGCGCUGGCGUCUUUUUGAUUUCGACCAAGCGGAUAUCUGCAGUAUGGCCAAAAUGUUGCUGUUGAGUUGAGAAUACGUGUUGUCAUUAGUCGACCUGUCAAAUGGCAAAUGAUUUGUAGAUUUGACUGACUGCCAUUGUCCCCAGAGGAUUGCAACAGGAUGCGAUCGAUCUUGGACAUAGAUACUACCUGUAUCAACGAGUGUUGAAACUGAAUUCCUCUAGGGAACACUAAAGCGAGUCUAUUUUUUCACAUAACCUGACCUAAUACAAAAAGUAAAGUAAAAGCGACUGUGUAUCGUGAGUGAGGAAAGUUUUUCAAAACAAAAUCGUGAACAUACGGGUUGGAGUAUUCUGCGUAUGUAAAUCCGAUUAUUGGCAGACAUUUGGGUCAGCUUUAAUCACGAUUGCGAGGCCACUAGCUUAUAAAAACACACCCACGAUCGGUUCAAUCAGUUAGUGAUCUGACAGAAUGUCAACCAAUUGGACGUGUUCGAUAAUCUUAAGCUCCCUUCUAUUGCUGCUUUCAAUCUCAUCAUCCACAGCGGAUGUGGCUCAUUACUUUGCUGCACCUGCGGACUUUGGAAGCUACAAUCAGCUUGAUCCCGCCUCGUUUCAGUUGCCGCUAUCGCAAUCGAUUUUAUAUGGACGACCUGUGGUUAGCAAUCCCGUUACACCUGCGCCAGUUGCGUCACCAACAACUGAGUUCAGUCUGCCGGAGAUUGUGGAGAACCGCAACGUUAAGGGGUUGAGUCAACGAAGCAACAAUUUCAUACCUCUUAGUCAACAUUAUUUGCCUCCUGGCCUAGACGAGCGACCCAACUAUGAAGCUCCCAAGCCAAGCGAUGAGGUUGCUGGCUAUUAUUAUCCGCAGCCUAGCACAAGUACUACGACAAGAAAUCCGACAACAGCAAGUACUCAACGUCCGAUAAUUGUUCAGGAUCCCAAUGAAGUGAAUGAGGUUGAGCAAUCGGGUUUCUUAGGCUAUGACUACAAUGCUCCUCCCCAGAAUCCUUCGAAACCGUCGCCUGUCUAUCUGCCUCCAGUUGCUAGCAAUCCUGAACAGCAACAGUUGCGACUUCGCGUGAAAGACAUGCGUUGCUUGCAGUCGAGAUAUUUUCGAGCCAUACUGAAACUGGACAACUUCUUGGGAGCUACGCCAGUGUUGGAUAAUGACAGCGAGAAUGAAAAGGAUCGACAUUGCGAGUUGAAGAUGUCGCGCAGUUUUCUUCUGUUGGAUAUCGCGGCUACUGACUUUGAUCACUGUGGAGUUCAUGCCUGUGGUCAGGAUUUGUGUUUGCGAGUUCGUUUCCCAGCCAUUCGAGGAUUGCGCACAGCCAGUGAUUCUAUUUUAACACUGCACUGCAAGGUGCAGGAACGAGUUGCAUCCAAAGUUCAAGCCCUCAAAAUGGGAGUUGCUAAUGACGUACAGUCUCGAAACAGUGGCACCUACGCCCGUGGAGGUAACCAAAAUGCUUUUCGCACACACGUUGAACUCUUGAGACGCGGCACGAAUGGAUAUACUCGACACCUGGAGACCAAUGGAGCCGUGCAACUGGGGGAAGAUCUUUUACUGCGGGCGCAUGUUCUCUCAGGCGAUGGUUGGAAUUACACUAAGCUCAGCGAUGUGCAGCUACAGCGACUCUCUCCAGCUGGGGAGGUUUUAAAUAGUGCUCAGCUAAUCAGCUCUAACGGAUGCCUCAAUCCUGCCAUGCAAAGCAUCUGCGCUCAUGAGCCCAACUUUGAGCCGCCUCUCGGACAACGUUUACACUUCAGAGCCAUCAUGUUUCCGGGCAUGUUAAGUGGAGAUCUGCUGGUGAUGUCAAUGCGUAUUACGGGUUGUCUGGAGCACGAAGAUUGUCAGGUGACAGUCCAAGAUUGUAAGCCAGGUCUACCGCAGCGACGACGACGGAAUGCAGGUCCUAACAGAAUUCAUGGAAAUGCAACAGAGGCAUCCGAGAUGUCGCGUGUUCAAUUUAGAGUGAUCAUGCCAAACAUGGAACAGGACUCACAACUUGACACAGAUUCGGAGGGUCUGCUGCAAAAUGAAAAUGUUGCUGCGUUGUCGAAGAGUUUAGCAUUAUUUGGCAGUUUGGGAAUGGUGGUGUUGCUGCUGGGAGUAGCUGUAAUCGCAGCUUACAAGUUCCGCAAAUAGGUAAAAAAUUUGGUCAGUUUUAAACUUCAUUAUAGAAAAUGUAAAUCAAUUAAA